GAAACCUGCAGCCGCCGUCAUUAUGACCAUCUAAGAUCUACGCCGGGGUCAGGCUGGAAGAUGGAGAGUCAUGCGGUGGUUUGGGUGUGACAUAUAUUACGGAUGGGUAGCUUUCAGCGAGGAAGUGUACCUCCGGUGGUGUGCUUCAGAGUCCUACAACCAUACAUCCCUCAGCCGUCAAGGGAAAAAAUCCUACAGGAUGCCAUGCAGCACAUGAAUUUGCAGCGGGUACAGCAUUCCGCUACGCAUGGUUACCUGUAUAGAGGCUUGAACACGUAUAAAUACAUGGUGUUUUCACAGUAGUUGAGCAACGAACACGCCUUAAGAAAUCGGCCAUUCGAC